AUGAUCUCGCCAACGGUCAUGAGCGAAUUGCAUCAAGCCAAGCUCGUGCCCACGCAGUUCACGGUGCCCAAACCGGGGGAGCACGCCUGGUCCUCGACCGAGCGCCGUCGAUUCUGGGAAGCUAUUCAGCGCUUCCCGCACGGUCCCUGGACAGACAUUGCUGCCUACGUGGGCUCCAAGUCGACGCGUCAAGCCAUGACGCACGCUCAGAAACUCCGUCUGAAACUUCGUCGCUGGAAACGCCGCGUGCGGAGCGACUCGAUGACUUCAACCGGAUCCACCAACACGACUGCAUCGACGUCUCCUUCAGAGGAAGGAAGGGACGAGGUCCAGUCGCCAAUACUCAUGCCCCUGACAAUUUCUCGUGACAGUGCUACACUUGAAAAGGCAAAGCACGUGGAAGAGGAGGAGACAGAUGAGGACGAGGACGUUGUCGCGUGCUACCGAAUGGACAUCGAACCAGAAGUCAAAGAUGAGGCCACGACGCAGUGUGGAGAUCGUCGCAACCAGGUGCAGGAUGCACCUGACGACUGGUACUUGGAACAGUUGCUCUCGGAUAUCGAGCCAGUGCUGGAGCACGUCGCACACUUUACAAAUGCACCGCACGGCCGUGGCGACUACAGCAACGAGCAAGCAAUGAACAUCGUGCACUACGCACACGUAGCGGCUUUGGAGCACAAGAUCGUGGAACUCUCGACUUGGACUCAACAGCGUCAGGACGCAAACGAAGCUCAAUACAGCUGGGCAUCUGUAUUAGAAUCAAUGUAG